UUUAAGUUGCCGAGGAGCCUUAGAGCUACAGGGAUCAACUGUACGUAGUACAACUAAUAUACUAUUUGAUUUGCUCUUUGCGUCUUAGGUUUUCGGCAAUGGCGUUUUUGAGAACUUUGGUUUGGUUUUCAGCGUUGGCUUUUGUGUUGUUUAGGGUAGGUGAAGGCAAGGAUAUUCUAGUUGGAGGCAGUGAAGAUGCAUGGAAAAUCCCAAAGAACGCCUCGGAUUCUUUGAAUCAGUGGGCUAGGAAACACCGCUUCAAAGUUGGCGAUUUCCUCAAUUUCAAGUACAAUGGCAAGGCCGAUUCAGAGCUUCAAGUGACAGAGAAGAACUACGAAAGCUGCAACACAUCAAAACCAAUCAAGGAAUACAAAAACGGUAACAACACUACGGUGAAACUGAAUAAAUCGGGUCCAUUUUACUUCAUCAGUGGAGCUGAUGGCCAUUGUCAGAAGGGACAGAAGCUUGAAGUUACUGUCAUAUCUGAAAAACAUCGGCAUCAUGAUAAUCCCCCUGCUUUCUCUCCAAAACCAGCAAUUGCUCCGGCGCCUGAACCAGCCAAAACUAGCCCCAACAAGGCACUUGCAUACAAGGAUGGCACCUUCUUGGCUGUAACGUCUUUGCUAGGGAUUUAUUGGAUUAUUAUUAUGGGAUUGUAUUUGGCGUGGGUUUUCUACUUGGUUGAAGAAUAACAUUUCCUUAUUUUAUUAAUGAGCAAAAUAAAAUAAUAUUAGGGUACUCAUAAA